CCUUGAUGAGGAGGAAGGGAGUUCAACAGCAGGUGUCAGCAUGAGCAAGACGAAGGCUGAGGAAGAACAAACGAUGGAUGAUCCAGAGAAGUUGAAGCUGGCUCCGAAGGCAAAUGACAAUAUAAGUUUCACACCUGAACUGGUGCCUGAGGCUUGGAAGAGAGCAUACAGGUACAAGUGUCCCGGUCCAGGUGUCUUCCGGUGCGCCUUGACCGAAAUGGUGUUUGUGAUGGCUCGGGAGGCAGAGCUGCUGUACAGCACGGUCCUAUGGGAUGACAACAUCACCCAAUCAGCUGGCAAGAAGCGCGCAGGGCUGCUGUUCAAACUCACGUGCUCUGUGGAUGACGCCGUCAGUCAGAUCCACCUCCCACACUGCGAAACAGAGGAUGCGUUGGCUGUCGAAGGCCUGUUGUCUGUCGCCAACAUCAGCGACGAUGGAGUGGUCUUCCUGGAGCCGCUGGAGGUUACAGACACUCAUGUGCUUGUGAAGGUCCCCAACCUCUCCACCUUUGGCUUGGUCCGGGACAUCCGAAGGUUUAUGAAAUCCAAACGGCUCGGAAAGGCCAACGUGCUGCUGUUCCACCGAACUCCGUGGCCAAAUGUUGAAAUACUCGAUGUAUUAAUGCUGCCCUCCAACGUCCCUCUAACAGAAGUAAAGAGCGUCAGCCAACACAGAGAUACCGAGCAACUCGACGUUCCUCCUGAAUGUGUAAUCAGCUAUGAGCAACUUUACUCUGUCCACACUUCACCCGAUGAGCACAAAACGCAACCUCAUAAUGAAAAGUUUUGGUCAGACUACGGACCAAAUUACCACUCAAAAUUUGAAAUUUUGCUAAAAACGAUACCAGAUAAAUUGACUGUGAUGAUUUCGGACCAAGCGAAGAAAGACAUCUGGAAAAGUGAAGUGCAUCUGUCAGGGAUGCCGUGAUUCAGUCGAGUGAAGACGAUAAAGGGAGAAGAAAACUGACACAAUGUCAGAGUGCUGUUCUUUGUUUCAGCCACCAGAUGGAGCUAGAGCAUUUCGAGUGAAGAUGAUACACCGAGAUUUAAAAAAGAAAAUGGCUUUAGAAUUUUUCAGGGCUUCAAACUUUUUCACUUCCUUUUACAUUUUUACAGCCUCUGAGUUAAUCAUUGUAUUAGAAAAAAUAAUAAUCUAUAUCUAUAUAUCUGUUUAGGUUGAUUGAAAGUUUCCAAAGUUGUUGAUGCUGAAUGUUUUAAAUGAGCAAAAACCUUGCACAAAUGUUACAGCUCUUCCAAUGUAAAAUGCAGAUAUUUUGUAUUCUGAUUCCUUUCUAUUUUAAUUAUGCUUCUUGACUUUUGCACUACGUUCUUUGCUAUGCACCAAACCAAGACACAUUCCUUGUAUGUGCAAACCUACUUAUAAAGUGAUUCUCAUUCUCAAAUAAAACGUGUGUGUGCAACGUGA